CAAUAACCUCUGACAUUCAUAUAAAUGUAAGAUAAUAUCUUUCUCCUUCUUGCAUCUCCUGCUACAAAACACAAUAAAGCAUAAUUUUCAGAAAAAGAAAAGGGUAUCAGACAUGGCUCAUCCUGAAGAACUGGAAGCUCUCUCCAAGGCUUUCUCAGGACUUGGAGUUGAUGAGAAUUCACUAAUCUCAAUUCUUGGAAAAUCACAUCCUGAGCAUAGAAGAACAUUUAGAAAAGGAACUCCUCACUUGUUCAUUGAAGAUGAACGUUCUUUUGAACGAUGGGAUAGUCACCGUAUGAAUCUUCUCAGGCAUGAAUUUGUUCGGUUUGAGAAUGCACUGGUUUUAUGGGCCAUGCAUCCAUGGGAAAGAGAUGCUCGCUUGAUAUAUGAGUCCUUGAAGGAAGGUCCACAGUCCUAUGGUGUUAUUGUAGAGAUUGCAUGCACCAGAUCAUCUGAAGAUCUUUUGGGAGCAAGAAAAGCUUAUCAUUCCCUGUUUGAUCACUCCAUUGAAGAACAUGUUGCUGCUCAUGUCACUACCAGUGAGCGUAAGCUUUUAGUAGCACUAGUGAGUGCAUAUAGGUACGAAGGGCCAAUGGUUAAGGAAGAAACUGCAAAAUUUGAAGCUAAAAUAUUUGCUAAUGGAAUUAAAAAUGGUGACAAGAAGAACCCAAUGGAGGAUGAAGAGGUGAUUAGAAUAUUAUCAACAAGAAGCAAGCUCCAUAUCCAGGCAAUUUACAGACACUACAAGGAAGUUUCUGGCAAAAGCAUCAAUGAGGCUCUUGAAGGUGCUGACUUGAUCUUAAAGGAGACAAUUGAAUGCUUAUGUACUCCUCAGGCAUAUUUCUGCAAGGUUGUGGAUGAGGCAAUGAGAAAUGAUGCUGAUCAUCAAACCAAAAUGGGACUAACAAGAGUAAUUGUAAGCAGAGCAGAUGUGGAUUUGAAGGAGAUUGACGAAGACUACAACAAACUAUAUGGAAUUGCUCUAUCCAAGAAAAUUAACGAAACUGCAAAUGGAAACUACAGGGAUUUCUUGCUUGCCCUGAUAACAAGAGAGAACUAAUUAUUUUUAUGAAAUUAUUAGAAUGUUGCUUGAAUCAAUAUGUUGUUUUCUUGAUAUUUAAUUUCUCUUGUGGAGUAUGUGAAUUGUGUUUAGAAAAAUAAGCAUUAAUAAAUUAUUUUUGGGAUAAAUUCUCCCCUGUCA